AGGAGGCGGAGCCGCGGUCGGCCGCGGCGGCGUGCGGCUCCGACCGGCCUGCGCGCCUGGGGACGGCCGAGCCCCGCGCACGCGGGCGGUCCAGCGCGGGUCGUUGCAGCCGCCGUCGGGGCCGCCGUCCGAGGAGGCGGGCAGCGACGAGGAGGCGGAGCCGCGGUCGGCCGCGGCGGCGUGCGGCUCCGACCGGCCAGCGCGCCUGGGGACGGCCGAGCCGCGGUCCGACCGGCCAGCGCGCCUGGAGACGGCCGAGCCGCGCACGCGGGCGGUCCAGCGCGGGUUGUUGCAGCCUCCGUCGGGGCCGCCGUCCGUGGAGGCUGGCGUUGACCCAGAGGAGGCGGAGCCGCGGUCGGCCACGGUGGCGUGCGGCUCCGACCGGCCUCCGCGUUUGCGCCGGUGGGCGGUCCUGCGCGGGUCGUUGCAGCCGCCGUCCGAGCCGUCCGUCGCGGAGGCGGGCAGCGACGAGGAGGCGGAGCCGCGGUCGGCCGCGGCGGUGGGCAGCUCCGACUGGCCAGCGCGCCUGGGAGCGGCCGAGCCGCGACGGCGGGC